GAUUGCCUGACAAACAAUGCAUGCAGCACAAUGGAAUCUCUGUCUGUGUAUCACGGGGCCAUCAGCCGAGAGACGUGUGAGAUGCGUCUGUGUGAAGCGGGCAGAGACGGCAGCUAUUUAAUCCGAGACAGUGAGAGUGUUGCUGGCGCAUACUGCCUCUGCGUUCUGUGUAAUGGUUUCGUCUACACGUACCGGCUCCAGAGAGACGCCGAGGGCUCCUGGGCGGCCGAGACAGCACCAGGACAGAAUAAGCGCUUGUUCAGAAAAGUGAAGAAUUUGAUCAGCGCCUUUCAGAAACCGGACCAGGGCAUCGCUAUCCCCCUCCUGUACCCCGUGACCGUCCAGAAGCCCUGCUAGAAGGAUCCUCAUGACCCUUGACCUCCGAAACUAACUACACGCAUGUGACAUUAUAUCAUUAUAUGAUCUUACUUUUUUACACAUGUGGAUUUCUGUAUAUAUAAACUUAUUUGUAUAAAAGGAAAAACAAAAACCUAAUUUUGUAAAGUGUUUUCAAUGUGGGAAAUUGAGAAAGAUAUAUAUAUAUAUUUUUUUUUUUUUUUCAGUGCAUUUUAAUAAGUCAUAUCAUUUAUUACAAGUAAAUAACAAUAAUUCUACUUCAAAACUUGUUUGUGUUGUAUACAAAAUGUUUCAUGGUUCAUGAAGUCUGCUCGAAAGAUAGCAUUUUGGCUGUAAAUAUGAAGAUAUGAAGAUUUUUUGCUCUGACUGGUUUUAAAAAAAUUUGACUACCCUUGACCACACAUGAACAUUUGUAUUUAUUAUUGUUUAUUAGUUUGAGAGUGAAAGCUGUGUUCAGUACUGUAGGUGCCUAAUAGUAGAAUAUUAGAAACCUAUUUCAAAUAAAAA